AUGACGCAGGCACUUGCUGAUCUGUCUACUGGAAUGAUAUCCGACUCUGAUUCUGAUUCUGAUAUAGUAUUAGGAGGAGGAGGAGGAGGAGGGUUCAUUAAGGAUGAUCCAGAUCUCAAGAGGAGAAAAAGACGCAAGAAGUCCAAAGGAUCUUUUCGUCGUAGAACAAGAGCAUCUACGGGGAAUUUGAAGAAGGUGAGUUAUAAGGAGGAUGAGAAUGAAGUUGAAGUUGAAGUUGAUGGUGAAGAUAGUGAUUAUACAGAGGAUAAUGAAGUUAUCAAAGAAGACUCUGAGAUCGAAUAUGAUGAUGAUGUGGUGACUGAAGGUCAAAGUGAGUCGGAGCCAAUUAUAUUGGGCGAUGAUAUUCCUUUAACUAGAUCUAAACGGGCCAAAAAGACCGAAGGAGGCAAACCCCAGAAAGCCAAAGGAGCCAAACAGCCCCAGAAAGCCAAACGGAAACCUAGAAAGGCCAAAAAGAAGGCAGAACCCAAGAAAAAGGUGACUUUCUUUGAGAGAAGGACCAAUAGGUUCUAUGAAUCACAUCCGGAGCUGAAGGAUGUAUUCCAAGUCCUUGAAGAUACCCCUCCUAGACGUCCAGAACGUGCAGUACAAAGCAGUGGACUCACAAUUACUAUGCUUCCAUUCCAGCUCGAAGGUCUUCAUUGGAUGAUCGCUCAAGAAGAAUCAACCAAGUAUCAUGGUGGAAUAUUGGCUGACGAAAUGGGUAUGGGUAAAACUAUAGAGAUGAUAUCACUUAUGAUGCAUGAUAGGACUAAAACGCCUAACUUGGUGGUGGCACCAACAGUGGCUUUGCUACAAUGGAAAUCAGAGAUUGAAAAUCAUGCUGGAGGUGCACUAAAGGUUUAUCUUUUCCAUGGUGCUAAUAGAGCCAAGACGUUGAAAGAAUUAGAAGGAUAUGAUGUUAUUAUGACGUCGUAUGCUGUGGUAGAGAGUUCCUAUCGUAAAGAGCGAUACGGCUUCAAUAGACAUGGACGUAAAGUUCGUGAAAAAAGUCUGCUUCAUCAGAAGAAAUUCUAUAGAGUGGUUCUAGACGAGGCCCAUAACAUCAAAGAUCGAAGUAGUUCCACUGCACAUGCUGCCGAUUGUCUUCGGUGUGUUAAAAGGUGGUGUCUCACGGGAACACCACUUCAGAAUAGGAUUGGUGAGCUUUAUUCCUUGAUUAGAUUCUUGGACUUGGAGCCUUUCUGCUACUAUUUCUGCACGAAAUGCCCCUGUGCUUCGAAAGAAUGGACCUUCCCCGAUUAUAGAGCAUGCGCUGUGUGCGGCCACUCUCCUAUGAGUCAUAUGAACUUCUUCAAUCAUUUUAUGUUGAAGAACAUCCAAAAGUAUGGCCUCGAAUUUGAAGGCAAGCAGGCAUUUCACCGGUUACAAUUAUUACUUAGACAGAUUAUGCUUCGUCGUACCAAAGUGGAAAGAGCUGAAGAUUUGGGAUUACCUCCGAAGAUCGUGGAAAUCCGACGUGAUUUCUUCAAUCCAGAGGAAAAGGACUUGUAUCAGUCUCUUUACUCCAAUUCCAAACGGCAAUUUGAUGACUAUGUAGCAGAAGGUGUUGUUUUAAACAACUAUGCCAACAUUUUCACUCUUAUUACUCGUAUGAGACAGCUUGCAGACCAUCCAGAUUUGGUUCUUAAGCGGAUGAAGCCUGGAAAACUGGAUUCCAGCGUAUCUGAGGAGCUAAUUGCCGGCGUAGUCGUUUGCCAACUAUGUGACGAUGAAGCAGAAGAACCUAUAGAAUCCAAGUGUCAUCAUAAAUUCUGUCGGAUAUGCAUUUCCGAGUAUGUGGACAGUUUCGAAGGAGAUCAGAGCCAACUUAAAUGUCCCGUUUGCCAUAUACCGUUAAGUAUUGAUUUGGAGCAACCAGCCAUUGAAAUGGAACCAGCUUCAACUCGGAAGAAAAGCUCGAUUGUUAAUAGAAUCAACAUGUUGGGACAAUGGAAGUCGUCUACGAAGAUAGAGGCGUUAAUGGAGGAACUAUACAAGUCGAGAUCUGAUAGAGAGACGACAAAAUCGAUUGUUUUCUCACAGUUUACAUCUAUGCUAGAUUUAGUAGAGUGGAGAUUGAAAAGAGCUGGAUUUCAGACUGUCAAGUUGCAAGGUUCUAUGACACCGAUACAAAGACAGGAGUCUAUUAAGUAUUUCCUAGAGAACCCAUCGGUAGAGGUGUUCUUGGUUUCAUUAAAAGCAGGGGGUGUGGCAUUAAACUUGGUGGAGGCUAACCAGGUGUUUAUAAUGGAUAGUUGGUGGAAUCCUGCUGUAGAUACUGGACAGGCAGCCGAUAGAAUCCAUCGUAUUGGACAAUUCAGGCCGAUUCGAAUUGUUAAGUUGGUCAUCGAAGACAGUAUUGAGUCUAGAAUUAUCGAGUUACAGGAAAAGAAAGCUAAUAUGGUAAAGGCUACAUUGGAUAAGGACCAGGCUGCUGCUAGCAGGUUAACACCUGCAGAUAUGCAGUUUUUAUUUAAUAACUAA